CACUAAUCAGAGGCGUUUUCGUCGUUUGUUGAUACUGAAAAUAUUGGCUCGAUCAAACGGUCAAGGUAAUUAGGCUCCAAAAGUGGAAAACACUGCAUCUAUAGAACCAACUGAACUAUUGACAAAAAAAAGUUUAGAGUGAUGUGAUAUCUUCCAUUAAAUUGCUUACAGACAAAAUCUAGUAAAAAGAAUUAAAUUUGUGCUGUACAAGUUGACCAGUUGGCAUACCUACAACAGUUGAUUUUAUGUUUGCCAUUAAUUAGCAAUAAGUGAUGCACGUUGAUCGUUCAGGUCGGUGCUCCAAUGAAAAGCAAUCACCGAUCAACGGUUGAACUGUUCGCUACCGCGGCAUUUGAAUUGUGAACAAAUGGACAGCAUGCCCGCCGAUGAGGAGUACGAACUGGUGACAAAGCCGCAGCUCAAUUUUGUACCAUCGACAUUAAAGUUCCGUAAUGUUUUCUACACGGUUGACGGGAAGGAAAUUCUCAGCGACGUAUCGGGGAAAUUCAAACAUGGAAGGCUGGUGGCUUUGAUGGGACCAUCCGGGGCGGGGAAGUCGUCACUGUUGAAUGUAUUGGCUGGGAUGAACCUAUAUGGAUUGAGUGGAUCGAUUGUAAUUGGAGACGAACCCGUUGAAGAGAAUGAUCCUCGAAGUGUCUACGUGGAGCAGGAUUGUCCUUUACUGAACUAUUUGACGGUUCGAGGAACUAUGACUUACGCCGUAGACAUGAAGAUGCCUCGACGCACAAACACCAAAGAGAAAAGAGUCAAGAUCAAAGAAAUUUUACAACUACUAGGACUGGAGAACAGUUCAUCAACGCUGGUAAAGAAUUUGUCCGGUGGAGAACAAAAAAGGCUAUCGGUUGCCGUGGAACUAAUCACAAACCCAGCUGUAAUGCUAUUAGAUGAACCAACAAGUGGGCUCGACAGUGUGGCUUCAACGCAAAUCAUAUCCCAUUUGAAGUCCUUGGCUAUGGGAGGCCGUACGAUUGUUUGCACUAUUCAUCAACCCGCAUCCAGUUUGUUUCAAUUGUUCGACGAUGUAUAUCUGCUGGUCAAAGGACGAUGCUUAUACUUCGGAACUAUCGAUGGUAUGAUUCCAACUCUGGAAUCGGCAGGCUUCCAUUGCCCAGAGUAUUACAACCCAGCGGAUUUUGCUAUCGAAGUUCUUACAUCGGAAGACCACGAUUCAAAAGAAGCAAUGAUUGUACGCACGAAUACAGAAAUGAGGGAAUUGUUCGAAGGGGGACCCUCGAGUCCCACUACAAAUAGACCGGAUGUGGCCGUUAGGCGUUACCAAGUUCCGUUUUGGUAUCAGUUUUUAGUAUUGCUCAAAAGAUCUGCGAUCUCUACAGCUAAGGAUGAGUUUUUCUUGAAAGUACGAGUCGGACUGUACAUAGCUCUAGGAUUAGUGUUUGGCGUAGUACACUAUGACAUAGGAAACGACGCCAGUAAAGUAAUUGCCAAUGCCAGUUGCUUCUUCCAAAUUUUCGCAAUCGUCUACUUCUGUAAUGCCAUGGCUGUGAUAAACUACACCGAGGAAGCAAACGUCACCAUCAAGGAAAUCGCCAACAACUGGUACUCUCGUGAGGCGUACUUCUUUUCCAAACUACUGAACGAUCUUCCGCUGCAAAUCGUUUGCCCUCUUCUGAUGCUCCCUUCCUUCUACUACAUCUCCGGCCAACCCCUAGAGCUGCACCGGUUCGCCAUGCUUUGGUUGAUGGUAUUCUGCGGCGGAGUCAUCGGGCAGUACAUUGGCGUAUUCGCGGGGAUCUGCUUCAGCAUGAAAACGCAAAAUUUCGUCGUUGCCAAUGCCUGCAUAGUGCCGAUCAUAUUCUCGGGAUUCUUCAUCAACUCCAAGGAUUUGGUGCCAUAUCUGAAGCCGAUGAGCGAUGUGUCGUUCUUUCAGUAUCUGUUCCACGGUGCGAUGCAGGCGGUGUACGGAUAUGGAAGGGAGAAUCUCAAGUGCGCACAAAUUUAUUGCUACUAUAAGAAACCCGCCAGUAUUUUGGAGCAGUUCGAUAUUGAUCCUUACGGAUUUGGGAGGAACGUGGCCAUUCUUGCAGGAAUCAUAAGUAUUUUGUUGGUGGCAAUUUAUAUAGCUUUUGUAGUUAGAUUAAGACGGUUCAAGUAAUGAAGUAA